ACACGCCGGAAGUAACGUAUCGCAGUUUACGAUGGUGGUCGCUGUGUAGGGGGAAAUGUUCAACAAGAAGCCCCGGAGGAACUUUCGGCAGAGAAAGCAGAGCUCCAGCGAGGACGAGGAGCAGCAGAAGAGCGGCGGCGGACGAGAUGAACCCGAGGAGGCCCUUCCGGUGGUAACCAAGCCCCCCAAAGCGGCACCGAGCCGCGGCAUCUCCUGCAGCUCCAAGCGGGAAGCGACGCCUCCGAAGGCGGAGAGCAGCGAUGGAGAAGCCGCGGCCGAGACGCUGGAGGUGACGGAGGACGGAGCAGAAGGGGACAAAGAUGGGACCAAGAAGACGAAGAGCUCCGUCCUGAGCUUCACAGACGAUAAAGAAGCAGCAGAAGAAUCAACUUUUAAACUGAAGAGGUCCUCUGAUAAAGCUGUGGUCUUUCAAGUCAGGAAGAAGGAGGCUCUGCCCACCAAGACGAGCCCCAGCAAAGGCUCUGGAGGUGGAGGUGCCCCAUCAUCUCUUUCCCCCAGAUCUAAUGAUAGUGAGGCUUCACCGUAUUCUCAGCAUGGUGAUGAGGAAACCAGCGAGGAUGAGGAUGAUGAUAUCAACAGUGACAAUGAUGGCCGUGACAGUGCUAGAUCUCCCACAAAUAGCUCCAACUCUGACUCCAGCUGCUCUGCUUCCAAACCAAUUGUUAUCCAUAAAGCUGAGGAGAUACACGCGGCCAGGAGGCAGCGCCGUGCCGCCCGAGCCCAGAAGGAGUUCAUACCGCUGGGUAGAGAUGGCCGCAGCUCUGCCGGCAGCACCCCCGAUCGCUACAGCAGAGGCGACGAGGAAGACGGAGUUGAAAACGAUGAAGAUGAUGAGCCAGAUGACCACGAGAGAAGAAUUGAGUUCGCCCCUCGGAUGAAGAGCAUCAGGGAGAGGAUUGCAGAGAAACUAGGAGGAAGUGAUGGCAGCCUGUCAGGCACCGAUGAGGAGGAGCAGGAACUUUGGGAACAGACACAAAUUGGAAAGGGAGUCAAGAGACGGCCAGGGGAACAGAGCCCAUCUGGCAGCGAGUCCAGCAGCUACAGCAGCAGCAGCAGGCCAGUCAGAGGAAGACAUAAAAAGAUCCCAAAGACCCUUCCUCCUGUUUCUGUGUCAAUGGUGAAGAAAAGGAUCACUGGAAAAUUGGAGUCCCUGAAGGAGGUGUACAGAGCGCGGCAGGCAGAGCUGAGGAGGAUGGCAGGUGACGCUGAGAACGCCAAAAGCUCGUUGGAGCUGCUAGAGGAAAGUUCCUCCGAGGGUCAGCUCAGCUUUUACAGGACAAUGAUCUUCUACGUCCACAAUCUGGUCGAUUGUCUGCAAGAGAAGGUUGUUGAAAUCAACGCCUUGGAGCUGGAAAUGCACACCCUGCUGUCUGACCAGACGGAGGCGCUGUUGGCUCAGAGACGGAGCGGGAUCAAAGAGGAGGCUGACCGCCUGCAGCAGCUCAGCUAUAACGCAGGUGAGCAGACUGGCAGCCCAGCACAAGGAACCGAUGUUCAGUGUGAGGGGGACUCUGCUGUUAAUCCAGAGAAAGACUGUGAUUUACCCGAAGAUGCAGAAGAAGACGAGCAGCUGCAGAAACGAACAGCUGACAUCCAGUCCAGGUCUCAGGCCGUGUUCGCUGACGUCCAAGACGACUUCUUCGACGUCAGGAAGAUCCUGUCCCGGUUUGAGGAAUGGCGGCGGUCCUACCCGGACUCCUACCACAACGCCUACAUCUCCCUCUGUCUGCCCAAGUUGCUGAACCCCAUCAUUCGGCACCAGCUGCUGACGUGGAGCCCGUUGAAAGACGCCGCCGGAGAGUUCGAGAACCUCCCAUGGUUCACGGCGGUGGAGACGUUCUGCCACGGCCACGGCCACGAGGAGCUGGAGCACACGGACAGACAGACGCUCUCUAAUGUCAUAGAAAAGACCCUUCUUCCCAAAAUGACCAGCUACGUGGAGCUGGUGUGGGAUCCUUUGUCCCAGCAACAAUCGGCCUGCCUGUCUGCUGUCUGCCACAGGCUGAGGGAAGAUUACGCCAUCUUUGAUGGGGAGCAGAGUAAACCUGUUAAGGGAUUCAUAGACGCAGUGGUUCGUAGGCUCAGGAGCUACGUAGAUGAGGAUGUCUUUAUCCCCUUGUAUCCAAAAAAGCUUUUGGAGGUCAGAUCGUCUCCUCAGCGCCUCUUCAGGGAUAAACAGUUCUGGGCAGCCAUAAAGCUGCUGGGGAAUAUGGGAAAGUGGGAUUUGCUGCUUCCUGACUCCAUUUUGAAAGAGUUGAUGUUAGACAAACUGCUGAACCGAUACCUGAUGAUCAGCCUGUGUAGUCAGACGCUGUCCAGCAGUGAGGUUUCUGCACACAGAAUGAUCGCAGGCUGCCUACCUGCCUCUUGGUUUGAAGGUGAGAGCGUCUGUCUGCCUCAGCUGCAGAACUUCAGGAACAACAUUGUUCAGACGGUUCACAGCCUCUGCAAACAGCAGGAGCCUCAUGAAGAUCCAAGCACCAGGUCCGCUGUGGUUGAAGAACUGAAGGUUCUCAGUAGAAUGAGAUGCUACGACUCCAUCAUGGCUCUGACAGAGAAAUACCACUUUGAAGAUGUCGUCUACUCCCAUCAGCUGCUGAACCAGGAAGCCGAAUGAGCAACAAAGACCGGAUGAAAUAUAGACUCAAGUUAAACUAAAACAUGUCAUGUGUAAAAGAUAAAACACAUGCAGCUGUACAACUAUUUCUCAGAUUUUUCAAGAAAUGUUUACUUGUCUUCUACAAAUGAUUGUAUUUUUAUGAAUAAAUGUUGGAAUUUCGUUUUUA